AUGACACGUAACUCGUGGUAUUCCGAGCAAACAACUCCUGUCCACCCGGGUGUGGACGUUUAUCUGAAGAAAAACGCUAAUGAUAUGAUCGACGAACGAGCUGAUCUACGUCGAACAUCGUGUGGCCAAACACUUGGGGAAGCUGUAUCAGCGGAUCGCAACGCGCUUGCUAAGAAUCAGACAAAUCUCCUUAUGUGUAUGAUUAUGGUAAAUUCGAUUUAUCGAUUAUUUUCUGGUUGCUUUCUAUUUCUGACCAAGCCCGAUCAAAAAUACACUUCAAGGGAUUUUUCAUUGCGGAUCAAUAUGACACAAGUCUGUACAAUCGAUGCAUAUGAAGGUUGUGCAAGGCGAUAUAUCGAUUUGACGCGCCCGUCCGCAUGGACCGAACCCAUUCCCAAUGAUAUUUUGGGCUCGGACGAAAUUUCACAGUGUCGAAGCGAAAACCACUACCCGUGCGUCACGACAUCAUAUCCAGGAACAGUGGACCAAUACGAUCUGCCUCCAGUAUAUCGUUCGACACAG